GGAAGUUUACUGCCACGGUAUCUCAGACCAUCCUCAAGUAACAUCAAAUUACGAAGAUUAUUAACAUUUUGUGCAUUUCAUUGCGAAAAACCGAAAAACUCGGAAUACCAUUGUUUAGAUAUAUACUCAGCUAAAACUGACUGAGUGUUAUUUGUUUCGGUGGCACAGCUCGGCAGUUAGGCUUCUUCAGUUAAAGUUAGCUGGACAGCUAAUGCUUGGCGUCUGUUGAGUGGAAAUGUUCAAAGCAAAAAUACUCUUUAUUGGUCCCAGUGAGAGUGGGAAAACGGUUCUUGCUAAUUUUCUCUCUGACACAACAGAAAAUGUGGGAGGUGAAUACAGUCCUACUCAGGGAGUCAGGUACAAACUGAUACUGGAAUAUGAAUCACAACCUGAAGGCAGUGGUGACAACAAGACAUGUGAGGUUGAACUUUGGGACUGUUCAGGAGACUUCAAAUUUGAAUCAUGUUGGCCUGCACUCAUGAAGGACUCCAGCGGUAUGGUGAUCAUUUUUAAUCCAGAUGUUCCAAGCCACCUCAAAGAAAUAGAGACGUGGUAUUCGAUGUUCAUCUCCUCUCAAGGUUUGCAGGAAAAUCAGUGCUUACUCAUAGCUCACCACAAGCCUGGCAGCGGAGUAGAAGACAGACGUCUGCCUUUAGCCUCCCACUUAAGCAGACUCCCACUUAUUCACUCCAACCUGGAGGAGGAACCGGAGGAUGUGAGACGAGCUUUCUGCAGAUACUUGGGAACUGUUGUAAAUACAAUGUCUGAGAGCCGGGAGCGAGAGGAGAUGUCGAUCAUUACAUAGCAGCACAAUUUAUAAAAUAUGCAGCUUAAUGCAGAUACAUUUUGUUGGCAUCUACAAUCUCUGUUUAAGAAACUAUUACAAACACUUCUAAUUUUUAAGUUAUUAAUUAUACAUCUUUACUGUGAUUGAAAUCUCCCAAAACCCCUUUCAAACUUUAAUAUAUCCUACAGUUAGAUGUUAU